AUGGCGGGCAUUCAACAGGUCAGAUCCGGCGCGGACGAUGGCGUACGCUGGACGGCGCCCCCCAGCACUACCACCGCCGCCGCCACAUCCGGCAUCAAGAGCAAGACACAUCCGCCGCCUUUACGUCCAAGUAUCGGAUUCUUUCCCGGGGAUAUAUUUCCAGGCUCUAUCGUGGAGCCUUCGCCGGGUAGAAGCCGCUCGUUACCGUCUCCGCCAAUCCAAUGGAUGGCAUCCCGCAGGAAACACGGGUUGUCAACCAGAGGAAGUGGUGGAGAGGACCUGCGAAUGACUGUAGAGCCCUGUGGUGGUGGUGGAGAACUGCUUCGGAUCACUACCCUGCCGUCGCCGGGACCUCAAAGUCCGUCGGCCAGGAGCCAGCACUAUGACCCGGAAUAUGCGAAAAUCGAAGCGUGGCUCGACGAGCACAGGGACUUCGCUUACGAUUAUUUUCUCAGAAAAGCUACCAGAAACAUCGUGGACGCCUGGCUCGUUUCGCAUGCUUCAGCCAGUAGCUGCGGUGCUAGUGGUGGCGGAGGCGGUGGCUGCGGAAGUGGCGGAGGAAGUAGCGGCGGAAACACGACAAUGACACCGACGGGCAUCGAACGACAGCAAUCCGUAGGUACGUCAGGCUGCAGUGGUGGAGGUGGUGGCAAUAGUGGCACCACCACACCGGUGCGUAAGAUAUCGGCACACGAAUUCGAACGGGGUGGCCUCAAGCCCAUGGUGACCACUGUGGACGGCACACCCACAUUCCUCGCGUCUUACGAACACCCGGACGAGACGACCACAGCACCGGUGUCCCGGAGACGGUCCAGACACGAGCUCCGACAACUAGACGAAAAGCAGCUCAUCUUCGAGUUGGUGAAAGACAUAUGCAAUGAACUGGACGUGCGGUCGUUGUGCCACAAGAUCCUACAGAACGUCAGCACACUGUUGAACGCCGACCGUGGUUCGCUGUUCCUGGUCCAGGGCGGCGGCCUGUCGGCGUGCCAACACGAUCACCACCACCGACCCGCGAAGCGCGUUUGCAGCCCGCGGAGACCGCACGCUAGCAUAACCGUCGGCUGCUUGAGCAAAGACGACCAUUCCGCUACCACAACCCCAACUGCCACCUCAAUCGCCUCCGCCACGUCUUCUACUAUAUCUGCCACCACUGCAUCCACCGUGGCCGUGAAUGACGAACUGCUCCACCCAGAAGACCGCCCCGCCGUCCUUCAUCCCCAGCAAAACCAUCUGCACCACAUCCCCCCGAACAGCAGCCACCACCUCCAUCACCAUCACCACCACCACAACAGCAGCAACAACAACAACAACAACUGCAGCCACCGUAACCUGCACUGUCAGUUGUCGUCUCCGUCGUCAUCAUCGUUGUGCAACGAACGUGUUCCUAUUGCGUUAUGCAACGCGCCGGCCCCUCAAGUGACGGUGCCAGUCGAAGAAGCGGCCGUCGGUGGCCUGACCGUUGGGUCGCCGAUAGGGUCCACCAACGUAGGUUCGCUGCAGGCUCCGAUGAACGCGGCUACCCCACACCACUUCCAUGGCUGCCAGUCCAAGUGUUUGGUGUCCAAGCUUUUUGACGUGUGCUCGCGGUCCACGUUGCAGGAGAUGGAAAAGAAAAAAGAAAUACACAUACCGUGGGGCACGGGCAUUGUCGGAUACGUGGCUGAAAGCGGCGAGCCAGUCAACAUACCAGACGCGUACAAGGAUACACGUUUUAACCACGAUAUCGAUGCCCGUACUGGUUAUAAAACGCACAGUUUACUGUGCAUGCCGAUCAAAGACUUCAAUGGUGAAGUAAUGGGUGUAGCACAAGUAAUUAAUAAAAAAAAUGCACCGUGCUUCACUCAAAAUGACGAGAAAGUUUUCUCAGACUACUUGCAGUUCUGUGGCAUCGGUCUCAGAAACGCUCAGCUUUACGAAAAAAGUCAGCUAGAAGUGAAAAGGAAUCAGGUACUACUGGAUCUCGCGCGUAUGAUAUUCGAAGAACAGAGCACAAUAGAACACAUGGUUUUUAGAAUCCUCACACAUACUCAAUCGCUUAUACAAUGUCAAAGGGUCCAGGUAUUGCUGUUGCAUGAGGCGUCCAAAGCUAGCUUUUCGCGAGUGUUCGACUUGGAAGCGAACGACUUGCAGGGAAAGGACAACGAGAGGACUAGCCCUUUCGAAAGCAGAUUUCCCGUCAACAUCGGUAUAACCGGUUACGUGGCCACUACCGGAGAGACGGUAAACAUUGCCAACGCUUACGACGACAGCCGUUUCGAUCAGUCGGUGGACGAAGACGCUGGUUUCAAACACUCCACCGUGCUGUGCAUGCCGAUCAAGAAUUCGUCAGGUCAAAUCAUCGGAGUGAUACAAUUAGUCAACAAGUUUGAUGAUCUCUUAUUUACCAAAAACGAUGAGAACUUUGUGGAAGCGUUUGCCAUAUUCUGUGGCAUGGGAAUACAUAACACACACAUGUUCGAGAAAGCCAUUAUUGCCAAUGCAAAACAAAAUGUUACGUUGGAUGUGCUUAGUUACCACGCUUCAGCUUCACUGGAAGACGCACAAAAAUUGAGGGCUUUGCAAGUGCCAUCGGCUGUUACAUACAAUUUGUAUGAUUUUUCUUUUGAUGAUAUCUAUAUGAGUGAUGAUGACACAUUACUAGCAAGCAUACGAAUGUUUAUGGAUAUGGAUUUAGUUGAACCUUUUCAUAUUGACUAUCAGGUUUUGUGUCGAUGGCUGUUAAGUGUCAAAAAGAACUACCGAUCAGUAACAUACCACAAUUGGAGGCAUGCAUUCAAUGUUGCUCAGAUGAUGUUUUCUAUUAUUACUGCAACGCGUUGGUGGCAAGUUUUUGGUGACUUGGAAUGUCUCGCCCUCAUUAUUGCUUGUCUCUGCCAUGAUUUGGACCACCGUGGGACAAACAACUCCUUUCAAAUAAAAGUUUCCUCGCCACUUGCACAACUCUACUCAACUUCCACCAUGGAACAUCAUCAUUUUGACCAGUGUUUAAUGAUAUUAAAUAGUCAAGGUAAUCAAAUUUUAGGUAAUCUAUCACCAAAUGAGUAUUCUCGCGUUAUAAAAGUAUUAGAAGAUGCUAUAUUAGCCACUGAUUUAGCUGUAUACUUCAGAAAACGAGGGAAGUUCCUAGAACUAGUCCGUACCGGUAUGUACGACUGGACCAGAGAAGAAGAUAGAGAACUGUUUAGAGCCAUGUUAAUGACUGUGUGUGACUUGGCUGCCAUAACCAAACCAUGGGAGAUUGAAAAACGAGUGGCUGAAUUGGUGACUAAUGAAUUUUUCGAACAAGGUGACAUAGAAAGAAGAAAAUUUAAUAUCACGCCUAUUGACAUAAUGAAUCGUGAAAAAGAAGAUCAGCUACCAAUGAUGCAAGUUGGAUUCAUUGACUCAAUUUGUUUACCCAUAUAUCAGGCAAUUGCUGAUCUGUCAGAGAAACUUGAACCAUUGAUUGAAGGGGUACGGCAGAACAAAACACAUUGGCUAGAAGAAUCCCAACAGACGUAUCACCCACAAAGUCACAAUUAG